AUGGUGAAAGAUACUGAAUAUUAUGAUGUCUUAGGGGUCACUCCUGAAGCCACACCAACUGAUAUUAAAAAGGCUUAUCGUAAAAAAGCGAUGCAAACUCAUCCAGAUAAACACCCAGAUGAUCCAGAGGCGCAAUCCAAGUUUCAAGCUGUUGGUGAAGCCUAUCAAGUUUUAAGUGAUCCUGGCUUACGUUCUAAGUAUGAUCAAUUCGGUAAAGAUGAUGCUGUUCCAAAUGCUGGUUUUGAAGAUGCACAAGAGUUCUUCUCUACUAUCUUCGGUGGUGAUGGUUUUAAAGAUUGGAUAGGUGAGUUUUCUUUGUUUAAAGAAUUGAACGAAGUUGCUGGAGAUUAUGAUGAAAAUGGAAACCCAAUAGCACCUAAAACAGAAGAAGAAUCGGCAGCUGGGGGAACGGCAGCUGAUGGUACUGUUGCAAACCAUGACCGAAAGAAGAAAAUGUCAAAAGAACAAAGGGAAAAAUUGUUUGAAAUGGAAAAGAAGAGACGUGAAGAAGUAGCUAAGCAAGUCGAUGAAUUAUCGCAAAAAUUAACUGUUAAGAUCGACGAUUAUCUAUUGGCCGUGAAGGAAAAUCAUGUUGAUGAGUUCACAAGUAAACUAGACCAAGAAAUUGAAGAAUUGAAACUAGAAAGUUUUGGUAUGGAAUUGUUGCAUGUAUUAGCAAAGGUCUACAAGACAAAGGCAAACAACUACAUUAUGUCGAAGAAGACUUAUGGUUUUUCAAAAUUAUUUACUGGCACUCUGGACAACGCAAGAACAGUUAAAGACACUUACAAUUUACUAUCUACCGGUUUAGAGGCUCAAAAAGCAAUGAACCAAAUGAGUGAAGUUAACGCCGAAGAAUUAGAUGAAUAUGAACGUGCUAAAUUUGAAAACAUGAUGGCAGGUAAAGCCCUUGGUGUCAUGUGGGCUAUGUCCAAAUUCGAAUUAGAAAGAAAAUUAAAAGAAGUAUGUAACAAAAUCCUGAGUAACAAAUCCGUUCCAUCAAAGGAACGUCUAUUGAAGGCAAAAGCAUUAAUCUUCAUUGCUAACAAAUUUGAAAGUGCUAAGAGAUCACCGGAAGAAGCCGAAGAAGCAAGAGUAUUCGAAGAAAUGAUUCUUGGAGAACAAAAAAAGAAGCAAAAAUAA